AGGUUCCCGUCCGCCGGGUCGCCUGCUCCAGCCUGGAAUGUCCUGGGGAGCCGCCGCCGAGCGGGACCGGCACCGAGACCCGCAUCAGGGAGGGGGCGCGGCGGCCGCACGGAGCUGUUUCGGUGCCUCGUCUUAGUCUGGAGCUUCCUGCUUUCAACUCCCGUAAUCUGGCGCUAUGCAUCCGGAUCCUAGGCUCUUCCUGGCACUGCUCUUCAUCACUGCCAUGGGCAUCGUCUCUGCAGCGAGCUCAGAUUUAACUCCACGUUUCAUUUCCGAGCCCUCAUCCACUGUCCAGAAGUCUGGUGGCCGUGUCCAACUCCGCUGCUCUGCCGAGCCCUCCUCGGCUCCCCUUUCUUGGCUCUUCAAUGGGGAGCCUCUGGACAGCGAGGUGGGAGAAGUGGAAAUCCAGGCAGGAUCUUUGACAAUCAUCUCCCUCAGCCUGGCAACGUCUGGUCUCUAUCAGUGUGUUGCCAACAGCAGCGCGGGUGCUGUUGUGAGCCGGCCUGCCACGGUGUCCAUGGCCAGUUUAGGUGACUUUGAUGGGUCGGUGAAGCCCGUUGUGGUGGCAGAGGAAGGAGGCACAGCUUUCAUCGAGUGCAAGCUCCCAGAAAGCCACCCUAAAGCCCAGGUUCACUUUCAAGUGCGAGGGAAAUGGCUGGAGCAAUCCAGAGACAACUACCUAAUUCUUCCAUCUGGAAACCUGCAGAUUCUGAAUGUAUCUUUAGAAGACAAAGGAUCCUAUAAAUGUGCAGUGUACAACCCAGUUACUCAUGAGCUCAGAACAGAACUCACUGGACGUAAGCUCGUAGUCACCCGCUCUUCCUCAGGUGGCUUCCACAUACUUCACCCCCUGGCACCCCAGAGCCUGGCAGUGCCGCGGCUCAGCGCUCUGACUCUGGAAUGUGUUGUCAGUGGAUCCCCUCCAGCCUCCAUCCGCUGGGUUAAAGAGGGCCGGGAUGUGCUGGGAAAAGGCAGGUGGAAGCUGCUGCACUCACAUCUGGUGACAGACAGGCUGGAGGCAUCCGACUCUGGAAAUUACUCCUGCGUGGUGGGAAAUGAAUUUGGAGCAGUGAAAUACGUGAACUACUCGCUCACUAUACUUGAACCUGCCUCCAUCUCCAAGGGACUGCAAGAGGAAACGGUGGCUGCUGGAGCCACUCUGCGCUUCUGGUGUGAUGUUGAUGGAAGCCCUGCUCCAACCCUCACCUGGCUCCACAAUGCAGCUCCCGUCCAUCCCUCUCCACGACAUCUGCUGAUGGGAAGCAGCCUGCGGAUCCGUGGUGUCACCCAGGAGGACUCUGGCUUGUACCAGUGUGUGGCAGACAACGGGGUUGGAUUUGCACAGUCCACUGGCCGACUCCAUGUCCAGCCAGUUCCUUCAGAAACUGCCACGGAAGCAGAAGAACCAUCUCCUGUGGACAUUGCCCAGCGCGAUGGUGACCUUGGUGCAGCAACGGCGUUCCCGAGCUCACCUCCAACCAAACUCCCUUUGGAUGCAGCUGCCACGGAUAAAGGCUGGAGCGGGGCCGCUGCCCCUGAGGCCCCCAUCAUCCUCAGCCCCCCGCAGACACCGAAGCCGGACACCUACACCCUGGUGUGGCGCGCGGGGCGCGACGGGGGCCUGCCCAUCAAUGCCUACUUCGUCAAGUACCGCAAGCUGGAUGACAGCGCUGGCGUGGUGGGGAGCUGGCACACGGUGCGUGUCCCGGGCAGCGAGAACGAGCUGCGGCUCACGGAGCUGGAGCCCUCCAGCCUCUACGAGGUGCUGAUGGUGGCGAGGAGCGCGGCGGGCGAGGGGCAGCCCGCCAUGCUGACCUUUCGCACCAGCAAAGAAAGAACAUCGUCCUCCAAAAACACCCAGGCUCCAUCCCCUCCCGUGGGCAUUCCCAAACAUCCCCUUGUUCAUGAGGGCACAAACACUUUCGGUGUCAUCCUGCCAGACCUCUCUCGUCACAGUGGAGUUCCAGAAGCUCCUGACAGACCCACGAUCUCCACAGCAUCAGAGUCAUCCGUCUACGUCACAUGGAUCCCACGAGCAAACGGGGGCUCCCCCAUUACUGCCUUCAAGGUGGAAUACAAGCGCCUGGGCCGCAGCAGCGACUGGCUCGUGGCAGCUGACAACAUUUCUCCUUCCAAGCUCUCUGUGGAAGUUCGGAACUUGGAGCCAGGAGAGAUGUACAGGUUCCGUGUGAUUGCUGUGAACAACUAUGGGGAGAGCCCACGCAGCGCAGCAUCCCGCCCCUACCAAGUAGCCGGGUUUACCAGCCGCUUCUCCAACCGCCCCAUCACAGGACCUCACAUUGCUUAUACCGAAGCCAUCAGUGACACUCAGAUCAUGUUGAAAUGGACGUACAUAACGUCGAGCAACAACAACACACCCAUCCAAGGGUUUUAUAUCUACUAUCGCCCUACGGACAGCGACAACGAUAGCGACUACAAGAGGGAUGUUGUGGAAGGUACAAAGCAAUGGCACUUGAUAAAUCACCUGCAGCCAGAAACAUCCUACGACAUCAAGAUGCAGUGCUACAACGAGGGCGGCGAGAGCGAGUACAGCAACGUGAUGAUCUGCGAAACCAAAGUGAAACGCACCCCGGGAGCAUCCGAAUAUCCCAUGAAAGACCUGAGCACGCCACCAAAUCCCCCUGACAGGGUUGGAGGUGGAGCAGGACCUUCCAACGGCCCUGUUCGGAGCAGUGACAUGCUCUACUUGAUUGUGGGCUGCGUCCUGGGGGUGAUGGUCCUUAUCCUCAUCGUUUUCAUUGCCAUGUGCCUGUGGAAGAACCGCCAGCAGAACGCCAUGCAGAAGUAUGACCCUCCUGGCUAUCUCUAUCAAGGGGCAGAUAUCAACGGGCAGAUGAUUGAGUACACAACGUUACCUGGGACAAGCAGAGUCAAUGGCAGCAUCCAUGGGAACUUCAUCAGCAACGGCAGCCUCAGCAACGGCUGCCCCCAUGUCCACCAUAAAGUUGCUAAUGGAGUUAAUGGGAUCCUGAAUGGAGGAGCUGGACUGUACCCAGGGCACAGCAACUCCCUGUCCAGGACGCACAUGGACUAUGAGCAUCCCCACCAUCUCGUGAACGGCGGUGGGAUGUACACAGCAGUGCCACAGGCCGACCCCUCCGAGUGCAUCAGCUGCAGAAACUGCCGGAACAAUAACAGGUGCUUCACCAAAGCCAACGGCACUUUCGGCAGCAGCGCGCUCCCCGUCGUGCCCAUCGUAGCACCUUACCAGCAGGAUGGUUUGGAGAUGAAACCUCUCAACCACCACGUCAUGGUGGCCAUGUGCUUGGCCUCCACCCUCCCGGAGUGCAGCGCCCGGCUGGAGGAGGACAGCAAGGAGAGAGCAGAGCAGCCCUCCCCACAGCAUCCCUGCUGCAGGGACGGCAGCACCCGCCUCUCCGUGGAUUGCACGGAUGGUGACAACUGCGCGCACUCGGAAACAUCGAACCACAUUUUGAGCUGGAGUCCCCUUAUUCUGCAGCCUCUUUCCAAGGACUGUAAGGAAAAACCAGGAUGGAGUUCAUCCGGAGUCACCUUAAACGGUUCUGGGGACCUCCGGCAGCUCCAGCUGCAGGAAACCUGAGGAAGUGACCACCGCUGUCCCCAUUAAGGCCAGGAACUGCAGAGCAGCAUCGCUCAAAGGGAGUGAUGGGGGAUGUUAAUUAUAACAGAGAGAGUCACUAUUUAUUUUUUUCUAGUAGUGUCCUAUGAAUGUAUCUUGUUUUUAAAGAAUGGUUGCCUUUUUAUAUUAUUUAUGCCUUGAAAUCCCUUUUCUUUGGGGGGUUGGGGGGGAUGUGUGUGUCCCCCACACACCCCCUGACACUAGCCUGGUUCUGUGUAUAAAGAAAGGAAUUGUAAUAAUAUAAAGAACAACGAUGGGAAACCCAGAGUGUGGCUUCCAGAGGGUAUUAACCCGCAUGAGAAGUGAUCCCAAGGAGUCUGACACAGGGAUUUAGCCAAGUGGGUCUGAGGCUUCCUCCCUGCACUCAAACCCUCCUUUCCAUGAACUCCUCAUGUCCUCGUUUGGGAAGAAUCCAGUGGAUCAAUAGGAAGAUAAACAGGCAAAGUGACCCUUGGCUGCGUCCGUGGAGGCAGAGCUCACUCUGGUGACUGCUUGUGCCUUUUGGAGCUUGAUAACCCUGCUGUUUGCAGGAGUGCGGAUGGAACCCGGUGUGGAAUCUCACCUUCCCGCUUGCAGGAGACAAAACCCAGCUCAGCUGCACCUUGAACUCCUUGGAUUGAGGGAACAGCAACGGCUUGAACAGGCUCUGCCAUGAAGGGAGUCGUGUCGGAGCAGCUCCCGCUGCGCUGCGAGAGCCCUGCCCGCCCCUCGGAUCCAGCAUGAGGGUUGUGCAUCCAUCCUGAUUCCCGCAGGGAUGUCGUCCUGUGCCAACAUCCUGAACCUCACACCGCAAACCCACAGCCUUUGCCUGCCACCUACGCCGGAGCCACUGCAAAUCCCUGCUUCUCCCACCUCGUUCAUCAUCUCCUCUCCUCAUCCCAGCCUUCUCCGUGUGCUCCUCACUGGAUUUUUCCCUUCACAAGACCCUGCUGCGAGGCUUUUCCCUGGCUCCCGACGGAGACUGGCGGGCGAAUGGUUGGGAUUUAACUCGGGCCACUUUGUUGUCCCCAAACACUGAGAUUUAACCCCAUUUAACCGACCUCUCUUCAGUCAGGCCCUGCACGUGCUCCCCUUUAUCACGGUUACAUCGCAUAAAGACACUAUAUUUUCCCAAGAAGCUGUACUUUGAACUGGAAAUGGGAUGUGUUUUGGAAUGAUGUCGGUUUUGCAGGAGGUUUGGGGGAGGAUUGUAAGGGGUUUUGGGGUGGUUUGAUAAAGGAAGUGGUGCUGCUUUAUGGCCUGAGUGGGGCUUGGUUCCCCACAGGCACUGAAGUGAGGUUGGUUCCCAUCACUUGAUACUUCCCAGUGGGUUAUUAACCAAAUACAGGAGAAACGGCUGGA